AUGCCGUCCAGAUGCCUGUUUCUCUUAUUUCUCUUCACAUACAAACCGUCCCCGGAAGUUGCCGCAGAAGUUCAGAAAUCAUCAGAUGGUCCCGGCGCCCAGGAACCUGUGCGACUCACAGAUGUCCAAGCUGCCAUGGAAUUCAUCGCUGCUGCUGAGGUGGCUGUCAUAGGCUUCUUCCAGGAUUUAGAAGUACCGGCAGUGUCCCUAAUCCAUGGUGUGGUGCAAAAUUUCCAAGACGUGUCUUUUGGGAUCAGCACUGCCUCCGAGGUUCUGACUCACUACAACAUCACUGGGAACACCAUUUCCCUCUUCCGUCUGGUGGAUAACAAACAACUGGAUUUAAAGGGUGAAGACAUGGAAAGCAUGGAUGCCACCAAGUUAAGCCGUUUCAUUGAGAGCAACAACCUCCACUUGGUGACGGAGUACAAUGCUAUAACUGCAAUUGGCCUAUUCAAUAGUAUGAUUCCGAUUCAUCUUCUACUGAUUAUGAGCAAGGCCUCCUCAGAGUUUGAAGAAAACUUGCACAGAUUUCAGGAGGCAGCUAAGCUCUUCCAGGGGAGGAUUCUUUUUAUUCUGGUGGACAGUGGAGUGAAGCAAAAUGAAAAGGCGAUAUCAUUUUUCAAACUAAAGAUGUCUGAACUGCCUGCUUUAGCAAUUUACCAGACUCUGGAUGAUAAGUGGGAUACACUGCCUAUAACAGAGGUCUUACUAGAGCAAGUGCAAAAUUUUUGUGAUGGAUUCCUGAAAGGGAAAGGACAGAGAGAAAAUCAUGAAUCAGAAGAGAAGACGUCAAAGGUGGAACUCUGA